GUUGUAUGCUCACUCGCUCUAAGGGGCAACCAUUAGAGUUAUUCGAUCCUGAGAUCGAAGCAUCCAACCGAAGGAGAAACGCUCAGAGAAGGCUCAACCAAAGGCGAUCACUUUCGCCUCUUAAGGGAGAACCGCCUGCUCCUGUUGCAGUAACAAUGGCGGACAACGAAGAGAACAAUGUACCACAUCCAGAUCCGGUAGUCCAACAACUCCAAUUACAACUUGCAGAUGUGGUGAAACAGCUGAAAGAAAAAGAGGAACAACAAGCCACAGUGCCAGUGCAAAACAUGUACGCUUACAGAGAGGUAGAGGACCCACCAAUUGGCAACGAUGGGAUCGAUGCCAAUCAUUUUGAGCUCAAGCCAGGAUUGCUAAAUAUGGCUGAGGCUAAUGCUUUUGCGGGGAAGGCCAAUGAAGAUCCCAACAAGCAUCUUACUAAGUUUAUUCAGAUCAGUAACACGGUGAAGCUUAAUGGGGUGAGAGAUGAACAAAUCAGACUAAGGCUAUUCCCAUUUUCCUUGAGAGAUGAUGCUAGAGACUGGUACGACAGCAUGGGGUCAGGAUCUGUUAAAACGUGGGAUGCCAUGGUAGACUUAUUUUUGGAGAAGUAUUUCCCACCCAGUGAAGUUCUAAAGAGGCAAGCAGAGAUAAUUCAGUUCCAGAUGAAGCCUCAUGAGACAAUCCGAGAAGCAUGGGCUAGAUUCAAGACACUGCUGAAAAGAUGCCCCAAACAUGGUCUAAGUCCGGGACACCAAGUCAUAACUUUUUAUAGGGGGUGUACUCCAGAUGCAAUGCGUGAACUGAAUUGGAGCGCAGGAGGAGCACUACUUCAAUUAGGAGAGAAUGAUGCCAUGCAAGUGAUUGAGAGAGUAGCUUCCACUGAUGAAGGAUGGAAUAAUGAAAGAAACAAGUCAUACAGGGUGUCCUCUGCUACAGAAGAUGAUAGAAUAGAUAGAAUGUCAAAGCAGCUUGAUCUCUUGACCACACAAUUGGGAAUUAUGGAGAUGAGACAGUCAGGGCCAGAGAUCCAAGGAGGAGUUGAAGGUGUCAACUAUGUGCACCAAGGAGGGAAUAACAUGAACUUCAACAACUAUCGCCCCAACCAAGGGGGUGGUAACUAUAACCACUAUGGUAACAAGGUGCAUCCCAAUCUCUCCUAUGGGAAUCCAAACAAUGCUCUGCAACCACCGCCAGGAUUCACAGUGUCUAAUGGGUUGGUAGAACAGCAGAAAAAGCCUACUACUGAAGAUAUCUUGGCAGCAUUCAUGAAUCAGACUACCAAGUACAUGGAGAAAACUGACAAGUACAUGGAGAGCACUAGUCAAAGGUUGGGGAAGGUUGAAAACGACGUGCAAAGCUUGAAUGUGCAUAUGAAGAGCAUUGAUACUCAGAUUAGUCAAAUUUCUCAAGCUGUAGGUGUCCAACAUCAGCCAGGGCAAUUUCCAGCACAGACCAUAAACAAUCCCAAAGACUGCAAGGCCAUACACUUGAGAGGUGGUAAAAGCUAUGAAGGACCUUCCAUGCCUGUAGAGGAAAAGAAGAGUACUCCAGAGGAAGAUGUCAGAGCAGAAGAGAAUUCCAAGGGAAAGAAUAAGGUGGACAUUCAGACCAAGAAAGACGCAAUGCCAGAAAAGCUGCCCCCUCCCUCCAUUCCUACGACAGUUAGAGUGCCCUUCCCAUUUGCGGUGAAGAAGAAGAAGUUGGAUGAGCAAUUCUCCAAAUUUCUCGAUAUUUUUAGGAAGGUGCACAUUAAUAUACCAUUGGUGGAAGCUCUGCAAGAGAUGCCUACGUAUGCAAAGUUCCUAAAAGAUGUGCUCUCCAAGAAGAAGAAGUGGAUUGAUUAUGAGACGGUGAACAUAUCUGAAAACUGUAGUGCGAUAAUUCAAAAGAAGCUACCUGCCAAGCUUAAAGAUCCUGGGAGUUUCAAUAUCUCAUGCGUCAUUGGAAAUGACAGACAGACAAAGGCACUGUGUGAUCUGGGGGCGAGCAUAAAUUUGAUGCCAUUAUCAUUUUUCAGAAAGAUGAAGAUCGGCACUCUCAAGCCGACUACAAUCACACUGCAGAUGGCAGAUAGAUCAGUCACCUAUCCUAAAGGAAUUGUUGAGGAUGUUCUGGUGAAGGUACACGACUUCAUAUUUCCCGUCGAUUUUGUAGUGUUGGAUAUGGAGGAAGACAUGAAUGUGCCGCUUAUCCUAGGGCGCCCAUUCCUAGCAACGGGAAAAGCAUUGAUAGAUAUAGCAAAGGGAGAGCUCACUCUUCGUAUGGGCAACAAACGACACAUUUUGUCUAUCUAUAAUGCUAUGAAGAGUCGUGAAGAUGAGGAACUUGUUAUGAAGAUGGAGUGCAAAGUUGUGCAUGUUGUAGAGGUCCAAAAGACACAAGCAAUUGAGUCCACAUUGGGGGAUUUUUCAUUGCCGCGGUGGAUGUUUGGUUCAUGUGGUGGAUCACUUUCUAAAGAAGAGACUGCACCAAAUUCUAAAGUGAAGGAGAAGAAAACAAAAGCUGCAAAUUCACCCAAAGUGGAAACCAAAAUUUGUGAUGGAGCUUUGAAAACUACUUGGUGGAAGAAGAGAUUGGCUAGAUCAUAUGCUUCCAAGAUUGAUAGAAAAUCCAACACCACCAUUUAUGGCGUGACAUGA